UCUUCCUACUUUGAACGCCAGGACCGUACAGCACACUGUACAUCCGCAAGAACACCAAUUUGACAUUCUAGACUCACGUGAUACAAUGGAAGAGAAAACUAUCUCCAACUCCAGGCGUUGUUCUAAACAAUGGCUUUGGUUCAUGGUUUUGUUCAUGUCCUUCUCUGUAAUCUACGUGGAUGCGGUGUGGCCGAUGCCUCAGAUGAUCAGCUCUUCCAUGGCCCGAUACACACUAAAUCCAAGGGAGUUUAUUUUUCAGUACUCUAGUGGAUCAUCCGCUCAACCCGGUUGUUCUCUUCUGGACUCGGCUUUCGAGAGAUACUUCCCGCUCAUCUUCACGGAUUAUAGGGCAGCCAGACCCAGACAGCACAAUGAAUGGUUUAGGUUCCCUUUCACCGUUGUGGUCCAUGUGGAGAGAGCAGAAUGUGAGGGCUAUCCAGACGCAGACUCCUCAGAAAGCUACAAGCUGAGUGUGUGUUCUGGCCAGGCAGCACUGAGGGCUGAGACGGUAUGGGGCGCACUCAGAGGUUUGGAGUCAUUCAGUCAGCUGGUCUACCAAGAUGACUUUGGGGAGUAUUUUGUGAAUGAGACUGAGAUAGAAGACUUUCCCCGCUUCCAGUUCCGAGGGAUAUUAUUGGAUACGUCACGUCACUACCUGCCUUUACACGCUAUUCUGAAGACCCUGGAUGCGAUGUCCUACAACAAGUUCAAUGUUUUCCACUGGCACAUCGUGGACGACCCCUCCUUCCCCUACCAGAGUAGCACCUUCCCUGACCUCAGCAGCAAGGGGGCGUUCCAUCCGUCGACCCAUGUGUACACCCAGAUAGAUGUGAAGAGGGUUAUCGCCCACGCCAGACUCAGAGGCAUCAGGGUCCUGGCUGAAUUUGACUCCCCGGGACACACCCAGUCAUGGGGCAAAGGACAGCCCGGUCUCCUGACCCCUCUCUCUCCAGGACAGCCCGGUCUCCUGACCCCUCUCUCUCCAGGACAGCCCGGUCUCCUGACCCCUCUCUCCUCAGGACAGCCCGGUCUCCUGACCCCUCUCUCCUCAGGACAGCCCGGUCUCCUGACCCCUCUCUCCCCACCCAUAACCCCCUGACCCCUCU